AUGUCGAUGAAACUAGACAACUUUCUGCGAGUGUUCCGCGGGAACGGGGAUGACUGGGAGCGGUUUUUUGAGAAGUUCCUCGUGCUCGCCAGUAUCCAGGGCUGGGACACGGAGACGAAGAGGAUGAAGAGCCUGCCUCUUUUCCUCGACGGCGACGCGUUCCUGGUAUACUCACGCCUGAGCGCCACGGACCGCAAGGUCCAGGGCACAGUCGUCUCGAAGAUGCAAGAGUCGUUUUGUAUCACGAAGGCCCAGGCCUACAAGUGUUUCACUCAGCGUCGGCUGAAGGUGGACGAGGCCGUCGACGCUUACAUCGCCGAUCUGCAGCGUCUGGCGGGGCUGGCUGGCCACGACGCAUCUGAUGAUAAGGACCCGAUGGUCGUCGAGCAACUAGUGUGCGGUCUUCCGGCGGAGUUUCAGCGCGAGCUGAGGCUGGCCAUGGCCGGAAAAGAAUACUCCGUGAGCGGCUGUACGGACCUGAUCCGAGCACUGCGGACUGCUGCCACCGACGCUCGUCAGUCAGUACAGCAGCCCGUGGCUGCUGCGAUGCCAGCAUCGAGCGCCCAGUCGAGCGGCACCUCCACUGGAAACGGAGUGUGUUUUAACUGCCAGGAAGUCGGCCACAUCAGGCGCAACUGCCCUCACCUGCAGCGGGGUGCACCACGGAGUGGCGGUGGACCAAGAGGUGGCGGUCGCCAGAAGGGCGCGACGCAGCUGAGUUGCUAUUUCUGCGAUGGCGUUGGGCACGUCAAGGCGGACUGCCCCGAGCGGAAGACGUGGCUAGCGCGCAAGAGGGGCGCAGCUGCCGCGGGAGAGGACGCAGCAGCACAGAGCAGCCACAACGACCCCUGCCUCUGCACGGUUGCUGCACGGUCUAGAGGUGCGCUGCCGCGCGUGUACAUGGACAUCCGACCUGCCGACGGUCCUGGCCAGGAGUGGGCGCGAGCGAUGGCCGUCGUCGACACGUGUGCGAGUCACUCGCUCGUCUCUGCGAAGUUCCUACAGGCCUGCAACAUCCCGUACAGUGAUGACGUGUCCGUCGGGAUGGUUGCCCUGGAUGGUAGCGAGAUCGACCUGAUCGGCACCGUCAACCUUGACGUCCAGCGGCAGGACGGCCCUGUGUUUCUACCCUGUGUGUCUGUCGUGGCAUGCGUGACGCGGAGCCUGGAGGUCGUUGGCACCGACGUGCUGAUUGGAGCCGACAUUGUGGCGGGUGUUGGUGGCGUGCAGCUCAGCUACGACGACAACGGUGUGCUGGACGGAGUGCGCUUUGGUCAAGCGAAGGAGCCUGCCGUUGUAGCCGCAGCCGCCGAUAAGCAUCCGUCGCGCCGUGUGACUGUCGAGCAGGACGGAGAUGACGUCACCCUGUCGACGGAUGACGGUCAAGUCCGCUGGGACAGCGUCGCACAGCGUUGGAUGCUGACAUGGGCGUGGAAAGACCAGCAGCCGACAGCUCCUGUUGGGUCCGGCAUUGGCCAGUAUGCGCGGAACAAGCUCACGGCGGAGCAGGAGUCGCUAUUCUGUGACGAGGUCGACUCCUGGGUGGAGAACGGCUGGCUUGUUGAGCACGAUCCGGCAGUCCAUGGCGAGCCUGUUGCCGUGCUGCCCUUGCUGGCGAAGGCGCAAGAGCACAAGAGUUCCACGCCCGUCAGGCCUUGCCUGGACUAUCGUGGUCUGAAUUCGCUGAUCAAGUCCAACCCAGGCACCGACGCCCCGGCCUGUGCAGAGAAGAUCCGGAAAUGGCGGUCAAGCUGCGACGCGGAUUAUCAGCUGGUCGACAUCCGCAAGGCCUAUCUGCAAGUGCACGUUGACCCGUCACUGUUGCGCUAUCAAGUCGUCGUGUGGAACGGAAAGAUGUAUGUGAUGACGCGCAUGGGAUUCGGUCUCUCCAUCGCGCCUAAGUUCAUGGACAUGAUCGUGCGCUGGGUCACGCGGAAGUGGCCUGGAGUCGACAAUUACGUUGACGACAUCCUGACGCCGGCGCAGAUCCGCGAAGCCGUGGCUGCGGAGCUGCUACGCUAUGGCCUGCCGACUAAGCCUGCCGAGUCUCUGCCGUCUGCCCGCGUGCUUGGCCUACAGCUGUCCACUUCGGCGGCCGACGUGGUCAACUGGGCACGCCGCGACGGUGCCGACCUCAGCUUCGACCGUCCGCUGACGAAGCGUGGCGUGUUCAAGUGGACUGGACGUCUGACCAGCCACUACCCGGUGUGUUCCUGGCUUCGCCCGGCCUGCGCGUGGCUCAAGAGGCUCGCAUGCGCGGGGGAUCACUGGGAUGUUGCCGUGUCCAACGCUACCGUCCGGUGCUGCGAGGACCUAGAAGCGAAGGUCGCAAGCAGCGAUCCAGUACACGGCGUAUGGAACGUCCCGUCGACGGCUGUUGGCGACUGGGCCGUGUUCUGCGAUGCGUCUGACCUGGCAGUAGGAGUCGUCCUGCAGCUCGACGGCAAGGUCAUCGAGGACAGCUCGUGGCUGAGAGACGCGAACGACAGCAAGCACAUCAACGUCGCUGAGCUUGACGCCGCGCUCCGCGGCUUGACGCUUGCUGCAGAGUGGAAGCUGGAGGCAGUUCGGCUGAUCACUGAUUCGAAGACCGUGUUCGGAUGGCUGGAACAAGUCAUCGGCAACGUCUGCCGUGUGAAGGUGAGCGGUCUUCACAAGGUACUCGUCCAGCGCCGCCUUCAAAUCAUCGAAGACCUGGUUGAGUCGACCGGCUUAGCUGUCAAACUGGAGUGGGUCCGAUCCGAGCAUAACCCGGCCGACCGGCUGACCCGCGUGCCGUCGGAGUGGUUAAAGUGUCAGAAAGUGGCAGCCAAGGAAACCGCCGUCGGAGCCGCCACUGUUCCAGCGGUAGUCGGCCCUGUGUCGAGAGAAGAGAUCGCUAGAGGUCAGCUUGUUGAUGCUGACAUUGCUUCCGCUACUGAGCUGAUCGAGGCUGGCACGCCUGAGUUGAUCGCCGGUCCGUUCAAGAAAGUCAGCAAGCAGCUUGUGAUCAACGAUGGCGUCCUCUGCCGAAGCGUCAAACUGCCCGUCGAAGGCGUGGUAGCGGUGCCCGUGGUCCCGACCAAGCUUGUCCCGAAGGUCGUAAAAGCCGCCCAUUGCGCAUCUGGACAUGCCAGUUGGGGCGCGAUGUACGAGAUGCUACGCAGUCGCUGUUACUUUCCGUCAAUCGCCGAGAGCUGCCAGAGUCACUGCCAAAGCUGCGAGCGAUGCAGAGCAGCCAGCGGGCAGAGAGGACCAGCAGCGCCGCAGACCAGAACGGAAGUCCCAGGCCGCCCGUGGAGUGUUGUGCAGAUCGACACGCUGGAACUUGGUGCGGAGAAGAGCGGCAAGUUUAACUGCGUGCUUGUCUGUAUCGAUGAGUUCAGCAAGUGGGCUGAGGUUGUGCCUCUUCGCCGUCACGACGCGGAGUGUGUCGCCGCCGCGUUCACGACGAUCUGCUGCCGCUGGGGUCCGCCGGACAUCGUUCGCAUGGACAAUGGCACGGAGUUCAGGAACGCCAUCUGCGAUGCCCUCUUCCAGCAGUUCGGCGUGGAAGUCAGAACCGGAGCGGUGCGACACCCGCAGUCCCAAGGAGCUGCGGAGCGUAUGAACAGGACACUAAUCACCUUGAUGCGGAAGGUGCUGUUAGAAGCGUCUGACUGGAAGUCUGAGCUGGAGCUCCUCCUCCUCUACUACAGGACGCGCCCGCACUCUGCAACCGGCGUUGCACCGAUGGUUGCCAUGACUGGUUGGCUGCCGCGAGAUCUCAUCGUUGCAACUGAUCAGGAGGCGUGUAGCCUCAGCGCAUGGGUGACGCGGCUAGGAGAGCGGACAGCCCGAGUUCGUGACCUCGUUGAAGCAGAGUUCUCUACGACCGAUUCUGUCGUCGAAGUCUCUGAACAGUCGGCUUAUGACGUAGGAGAUGCCGUCCUGCUCCGUCAGCCGACACGGCAGCGCAAGCUGGCGCCGCUUUACGAGACCGGGUGGAUGGUGAAAAGAGUCGUGGGCCCCUCGACCUUUGUCAUCCGACACGUGAAUGGCGGGGAGAAGGUUAUCAAUGCUGACCUUCUGAAGCCCUCGCCAUCACAACCUGUCGCGGCUGGUGACCCAUCCGACGGCGACGACACACUUGCCGAGCACGGCGUGGAGCCGAUUGCUGGCCGGCAAGUCUACGGUCUGCGCGAUCGUCGUGACGUCCGUCCCCCCGCUCGCUAUGCGUGA